GCCCAUAGUCAAUUCAAUGACCCGGCCAAGGUCACGUGUGACAUUUGUGGCUGAGAUGGGAAUUGAACCCAGCUUCCCUGCAUCCUAGCCCAAUGGAUGGGCCUCGUUAUAAUGCAGAGGGCUGGAGUCAAGCCUGCCAGGGAGUGGAUGGCAGCACUGGCAGCUUCAGCAGAAGUUUGUGCCAUGUGACAGCUCCUCUCUGCUCUGCUGAGGGACCACCCAGCCUAGCUUCUACCCUUCAGCUUCCCCCUCCAGGCAGCUGUAGGCCUUGGUUCCUAUGCUGGUUAUGCUGGGACAGCGCUGGGCGCCUGUGGCUGAUUUAUUCCUUUGCAAAGUCGGUUCAUUCCUCCUCCUUGCCAGGUAUUUGUCUGCGUCUGUUCCAAGGUAAACCUUGGGAACUGGCGGUCUGUUCUGCAUCAACAAAACUUGGCCACGGCGGGGUCAGAGAGAGUUCAGCUGCAGCCUGACUUGCUUUCCCAACCGUAUUUCCCAGACAAUGUUGCGCACCAGGAAAUAAAUCUACACGAGCAGAGUUAUUGCCAGCAGCAGGGCCGGGGAGCUCUGGGUCCAGUCCAGAGCAAUACUGCGCCCUCUGCAAAACAGCCUCUCUGUCUCUGCCCCCAGCACAGUGACAUUCUCGUGGGAGGAGACAUUCUUAUCAAUGGUGGCACUGAACCUGGUCUGAGAUUGGAGGGAGGGACUUAUCCAUUUAUCAGAAGGAUUUAAAGGGCUCAGACAGCCACUAAGAUAACAUCUGUACCCUGUGUUUUAACCUUUGGAAAACACAAUGAGCCCUGUUGUCUCUGGCUUCUGCGUUCCAGACAGCAAUCAUGAAAUUGCAGGUUGUCAUUCUUGUUGGCCAGGAAGGUUUAUUUUGAGAGAAGCCAAGUGUUCCAAGAAGGCACAAUCCAAGAAAGCUGCUUUUCCUAGCAGGUUUCAGUGCUAGCUGAGCCCUUUGUAAUCUGAUGGCCUGAGUGCAAAGGUUGUCACAGAUGGAAUGGAUUUUGUGGGUCUGCAUAUAAUCCCCAGGAGACUGGUCACACAUUGCAAUGCUGACUGCUGACCUCCAUGCCAUUGGGAGUCUCUGUUUAGAGACAGAGUCCUGCGGGGUGGGUGGUUGCAGGUGAGGACUAAGGGGUAUCAGCAGAGCCUGGUAGUGGAAAAGCAGAGGGCUGCACAUCAGGACAAGGUGUACUGGCAGAGCUUUGGGGGCCCAGCACAGGAGAGCAGGGAGGAGAUGCUGCAGAAGCGGCCCUAGCCAUUUUGCUGGCCAGGGCAGAAAAUGUUUCUCCCAUCCCACCCAUCCCAAGUGGCCAAGGAGCAGGGGAGCCAAGUGGCACAGCAGGUUGGCACCCAGGGUGACCACCCUGCUUGCCUGUCCCCUAGAACGAGCCCCCGGGUGCUGUGACUGAGGACUGAGCAGUGCCAGGUUUACAAUGGCACCAGUGGCUCCAUGGAGCUGAGCCCAUGCUCAGAAGGGGCCCUGGCCUGCUCUGCUUGCACUGUGCCCCAAGACUCUGCUGGCUCCCCCCGCCCACCACUUGCUCCUCUCAGCCUGCCCACCAGCUGGCCGAGGGCUCCUCUCAACCCCCUGGCCGGACCCCAAUGCACCUCCACCUCCGCCUCUGGGCAGUCUCUACUUCCCACCACCUGUGGGGCCCCACCUGUCUCCCCGGAGCUGUGCCACCUGGGAUUGGUGCAGAAGCCUGGCCAGUCUCAGCCAGGUGUGUGGGUGGGGCAACAAUGUGGAGGGCUUGGCUGGACCCCUCUAGGCAAGUGCGUCUUGAGGGACCCCAGCCAGGGCAUGUCCUGGCCUGGCUGAUCACGCCACUCCCGAGGGACUGGAGCGAUUCCUGACCCUGGGACCAGCCAUGGCUGCGCGGCCGGCUCAGCCCGGCAGACACAGUCACCUCCCAGGUCCUGGAGCCCGAGGACAAGGCUCCAGGCAGGUUUCUGGACACUUCAGCUUCCCAGGUAGCUCCUGCCUCAGCAUGGCUGCUCCCCCACCUGCAGAACUCGAGCAGAGCCUUAACGACCAUCUCUCCUCUUCUUUUGAGCCCACGCUGGACCUCAAGGCAGACAAAGCUACAUUACUUCCAGGCUCUGGAGUCAGUGACAUACCCCCAGAUGGGCAUGGAUGUGAGGAGGAGCUCGGCACAGGAGCAGGCGGUUCCAGACACGAUGGGGUUUGCAAACCUGAAGUGCCAGCAGCAGACAGUGCCCCAGCGGUGACAGAAGAACCAAACCCAACCGUGGAGGCACACAAGGACUCGGCUGGCAUGGACAGCAGCUACGACUUUUCGACCUCCAGCUUGGACAGCCGUUGUGAACCUGACCUGGUUCCGGUCACUGGAGACUCUCUCCCUGACAAAGGUCCCCAGUCGGAGGAUGGUGACCCCGGCUCCACAGCUUCCUUGCCCUGGCCAGAGUUGCCAGAUGAAUGUCCGCCUCGGCCUAACACCCUGGAUUUCUCCAACUCUCUCAAAUUCCUGGAGGAGGUGAAGCAGAUGGGGCAGAGGAGGAACAGUGACCACUUGAACAUCCAGGAGAAUGGGGUGGAGAGCUGCCCUGAGGCACCUCCCAUCAGUGAGGAGAGGAGGGCUCUGGAGUCGGAGCUGGGGAAGUGCAUCGAAGACUUCAGGAAGAUCAAGAUCCCCGUCUCCUUCCCCAACAAGAAGCGGCAGUGGCAAAGUGAACUACUGAAAAAAUACCACGUCUGAGGGGAGGGGCUGGGACUGACGCCUCCCACCACCCAGGACUGACUGGCUUCCACAGCCACAAGAGGCACCUUCCCCUGCAUCCUGUCCAUGAUGGGCCAGCCUGCCAGGUGCUGGGUGUCCUUGGCCCCCAUUGAUGGCCAGGAGCAGCUCAGCAUCUUGUAGGCCAAGAGGGACUUGUGAGAGCCUCUUACUUUAAACCAGUUAUUUGGCGACACUGGGACUAACUGAUUUGCAUCCUGUCUGAUCUCGUUGACUUUACCUAGGUCACUCAGGGGUAAUCGACAACAGGGUUUGGUCCAUGUAUUCAAAACUAAGAGCAGUGGUUUCUUGGUCAAUGCAUCAUUCCAGGAAUUGGUGCUCCACAGGCAGAGAUUAUAAGGCUACAGCUUGCUUGUUCCCAGGGGAGUCAAGGGUGAAAUGUGCAUGAAAGGAGCUGUACAAAUCCUAGAAGUGAAAAUAUUUGAAGGAGUCAGGAUGGGAAGGAGGAAACUGAUGUUGGUUCAGGUUGUCUGUAGGGACAAACCUACACCCAAGCAAUAUGGACAUUCCUGCCUUUAUGACAGCAUGACUGUGAUUGGAGCUCCCGGGGUUAAUAAAUGUAAACAAUGAUGAAACCUAAUUCCAGUCCCUUCCCAGCUCUUUUUUUUUCAAAAUGAUUGGGUAUUAGAGCCAAGCUAUUCAAAGCUGAACAGGGCAUUUAGAGACAUAGUUCCUGUUGAAGCGAAUGGCAACUGUGUAUCUAAAUCCCCUAGAUUCAGCUGGACUGUUCAAAAAUUUUCCAUCUAAAAUUAUUUUCAACAGAAAAUUGCAUUAUUGACUAAACAAAUGGUUUUGCAAAAA